AUGAUUGCUAUCGGUUAUACCACAGCCUUUGUAUCAGACCGAAUUAGCAGAGAAGUUUAUUCCUCAGCAGUGAUGUGCCUUCUGUGCAACUUAGAAAGCGGACCCUGCAAUUCCUUCCUGCGGUUCCCUUCAGUCCCUGCUCGGGCCGGCGCUACUAGCAAGUCCCGGAGUUUGUGCUCUCAGUUCGGGGUUUUACACCGAGGCCGGCAGUCAGCCCUGGGGACUCUCCGUGUCCGUUCCCAUCUCCCGGCUUCUUUCCCAUUCACUGCUGUGGACAGUGAUCAGUUUGAUGGGGACAAUAUGUACAUGAGUCUGACAGAUGCCAACCAGGAUUACCUUCCUGCCAAUCAAUCCUUUGCUGGCCAGGGACUUGGUGAUGAAGACUACGAGAUUCCUCCAAUUACUCCUCCAAACCUCGGAGACCCAUCCUUUCUUCACCUGAUGGAUCCUCAUGCGAGUUACCAUUCACUGUGCCAUUCAGUCCCUCCCAAUGGGCUGCUUCCUCAGUACCCUUACCAGGGCAUGGACCUUCCAGCAAUCAUGGUGUCUAACAUGCUGGGCCAGGAUGGCCAUCCGCUGUCAAACCAACUACCUAUGAUGCAUGGAAUGGGUCAUCCAGAGGGUCCUCAAUACGAUUCAGGACCUCAACACCCAUUGGUCAGUCGGUCAGGAAUCAUGCCGCCCAGUCACAUGUCUGCCAUUAGCCAUUCACAACUGAAUGCACAGGUCAGUCUGAAUGUAGCUAGGAGCAUUCUGACUCACGGCUCUCCCUCGCCCCCUGGAAGCAAGUCCGCCACCCCCUCGCCCUCAAGCUCAGCACACGAAGAGGAGUCUGACCAUCUGUCCAAGGUACAACUCAAUCUUUGCUUCUACCUGCCUCAUUCCUUUGUUCCAUAG